AUGGGGAGGAAGUCUGGCAUCUCGAUCCGCUCCUAUGCGGCAGCAACGGCAGCUUCGGGGCAGGGGCAGCAGGCUGAUGACAGUGCGGUGCAGAUGCAGAUAGAAGCGAGCGAACGGGCUACCCUACAGGCAACUCUAGAUACGCGUCCGAUCAACACGAAGAGAAAGUAUGAAACCUAUCAGACUGAGUUUCAGAGUUGGUGCAGUGAAAAGCAGUUCUGCGAUGGAGCUACAGCCACAAAAGGGAAGCUUCACCUUUUCCUGACGGAGCAGGUGGUAGGUCGAGAAUCCAAGAAGAAGAAGGGCACGUUCGUUGGCGGUUCGACUGUUUGCGGCUAUGUGAAUGCAAUCGUCGAUCUCGACAACCAACAAGUCGCGCUGAAGAUUAACUCGAAUGCCCAUCCCCGGUCUGCUCAAGUCAAGCAGCUGAUAAAGAAUGUACAAGCCCAAACAACGGAAACACGGAACAAGAACUACCAAGAUCGUGGUGUUGGUUCGUUGCUCGAUGGGUACCACUCUGAGGAGCAAUUCCGACAGAUUUGUGACACCUUUUUUCUUUUGGGCGAUCUGCGUGGGCGGGCGGCGUUUCUGGUAUCGCACUUUGGGUCGCUACGCGGGGAGAACGCACGUAACCUCGAGCUGGCCGACAUGUUCUCUCAGGUGCUGGAUGGAGAAGGAUUUCAGACCUGUAUCGCUCUGGUGAUACUAAUCCAGCACGGAAAGACAAACACUGAUCUCGAGCGCAACCUGCUAGAAGAGCGCCACCACCGCCAGACGGCUGAGUAUGCUCCGCAAGAACCUGAGACGAUCAAGCAACUGCAUGAGACGAACAAAGAGCUGCGCGAUGCCAUGAAAAAAGAGAUCGAGGCCAACGAAGACCACCGCAAGACGAUUGAGCACCAACAAGACCUUAUCGACAAAGGGAUCAAGUCCAAUGAGAUCCAGCAACGCAUGAUUCAGGACCUGCAACGCGAAUUGCCGGCUCUUCGGCACCAGCUUAGACAGCAGCAAGUACAGAACCAUAGUGAUAUGGACAAUCUGCGUCUCGAGUUUAGAGCACAACGAGAAAAGGAUCGUGCAUUGGUCGAGUCCAAUCUUCUGGCAUUGAAGCGAUAUCACAACGAGACCGCGCGAUGCCGACCAGAACUGAAGCUACUCGCGGUCUCUUCAAAUCGACGGACAGCCUUGACGAUAAACGAGGGAUCCAUCGAAGGAAAAAUGCUAGAACGCGUUCGUGCGUUCAAUGAAAACAGUCGCGCUGGUGCGAGAGCUGAAGAAGAUAAGCGCGUGAAGACGGAGAUCACAUUCCACCACUCGAAGGAGAAAAAUUUGAAGAGGACGAUCUCACGCGGCAAGCGCACGCGCGAAAUCUCGGUGAAAGCGUCGGACACGGUCGUCGUCCCCGGUGUGGUGGACGAAGCUCGUCUAAAAAUCGACAACGCGCUCGAUGCAGCGGGGCUGCGUGACGAAGUCGCGAUUCGAUAUCUCCGGCGCGGCAUCAAGUACGACAAGCACGAAGGCGUUGACGAAAUCGUGUUUGAUAGCCUCGACGAAGUCGUCGCCAGUCACAGAGCGUCGUCGAGUGACAAGUACUGCAAAGCGUCGACGUACUUGCUCUUGAAUGACGUGCUGGUGACCCCUGUGUGGCAGUUCGAAGUGGUAUAA